AUGGUCAACUUCGUCCAACUCAAGCAGCAUACCUCAGAAGUUCAUAGCCACUCAACACUCAAGUCGCAAAGGAGGAGCAGAAGUCCGGAAAAAUCUCACUGAAGAAUACCAGGCCCAUCAGGAGCUGAAGAAAAAGAAGAAGAAGAAAGGCAGUGUCUGAGCUGAUUCUGGGGCAGCGAAAUAUUGCCCCAAUUCGAACAAGGUGGAACUGAGGCGGUGUAA